AUGCAUCGGUCCGUCUGUGUUACUGCACCCGAGUUCUCCAGUGUUGACGCCAACUCUCAGGUCGCAGCCCAUUCGACGAGACCCAUCCACACAUUCAAGUUUGAUGAGGCCGAAAUUCUCGCGAGAAGGGAUAAUCGCGUGAGCCGCGAGUUGCUUGAGUCAUGGUUCACGGGACCUCACUCUAUCAACAAGUGCAACGACAUUCCCACUCCAUAUUCCGUGCUGAAGCAUGGAGUGGCACAAGCAAUUGACCACUCGAGAAGCGCAACAGCCGGUGAGCCAGAUGGCCGAGCAAUCAUCACGCCAGCAUCGAACAUGGGUGAUGAGAUGUCAACAAUUAUCAACUUGCAUGCCGGUCAUCAAGCAAUUAGCGCACCGACGGGCAACAAUCCUUGAUGAAGGGAGCACGGGUAAUUGCUGUAGGUGUGCGGUAGCAUGGCGACCGCAUGGUAUAAAUACUGCGACUUCCUGAACACAAGCCACCCUUUUCUGCAACUGUCUCUGAUAAUGGCUUCAAGAGAGAAUUCAAAACGACAGACGAAUAAAGCCAUUGUUCCAGCGAUCGCUUCUUCUUCUUCUAAUCAACUAGUUCCUGGAACUCGCAUCCUCGCUUGUAUCGGCAAUCCAUCAUUGCUUCCAUAAGAUUACCUUGUAAGGCGGUCGAACAGAAGGUCGUUCGCAAGCCGGCAUCCAAAAUAAAAUAACUAGAUAAUUAAAUUAUGCAGCAUGUAACAAACUGUUGCAAUCAUGGUUAUAUUCUUUUUCCAAAUUAAACAUAUAAUUUAAGAUUUUUGAUUGGCAUUUCCUGACAAAGCACACACCACUAUCGGCCUACCAGUUAACACCCAAUUCGCUUUUCAUUUGGGCUGUCCAUUGAAGGAGACGAUGAUACAAAUUCAAGUAUUUUGGCUUAAAUCCGGAUCUCCAUGAUCUUCCUGAACCUAUACCCAUGUUGUUGCAACCGGGGAAUAAUUGUGAUUCCGAGCAGCGAAUACAGUCUGAACUGGGCCUUUCAAGGGAGGACUUUUUGUGACAUAAGCAGAUCGCGGUCAAAUUAAAAGUUCAGCUAGACUUCAAGAACCACCCAAAUAAAUUUAUAGAGCAGAAAAUGUCGCCAUAUGCAAGCUACGUUUGGAUGUCACGUAAACGUGGUUGAACUAAACAGAGUAUACAGCAGACACUAUUUAAAUGUUAUCUAUGGUCGAUUUAAUGUGGCCUGCAUUGGAAUACUCGCGCCGCUUAUAUCGACGGUCUGCUAUUUACUGCGCCUCGAGCAUCGAUAGAGGUGAUGACACAAAUACAUUUAUUUAUGCCUAAAUCCAUGUCUAAAUAAACUUCCACAAUAAGCAUUUAGGCCUAAUCUAGACCGAUUUUAACGCAACUUGCGAUUAUAUCAUGAUCCCGCACUGCUAACUCAGGCUAGACUAGACCUUUCAACUGAAGUUGUUUGUGCGAAAAGCAGUUCACUAUGCGUUUGCGGCCAAAAAACAAAUUUAUUUUAAAUUUAAGAGCCCCAGAAAUACAGUGCGGUAGGUCAAGAAGGCAUUUAUCAGAGCAAAAAUUGGCCCAGCCUAAGUGACCGGUCUGGCGUCAUUGUUCCAAACUUCACUGCCUCAAGGUCAUCCGCCCUUUUGCAGUGAGCCGUUCCAGACGCGUUGCCCUGUAAUCACACAACCAAACAGCUCGGGCACACCUGCGUUCGCAGCAGCCCAAGCGGCCACUUGAACGGACCGCCCCCUGCAGCCAGCAAAAUUAGCCACUGGGACACCACCCCUCGGCAAAUGCAACACAAGCAGACUGGCCAGCACUUGAGCUUGGCCCUCAAGCCCACAAAAGCGGCUGCCACCACUAUCCAAAGGACUCUCAGGCAUGACUGGGAGCAGUCAACACCAGCCUUGGUUUCACCAGUGACCACUGUUGUCUGAGAGGACAACUUCGAAUUCUGUCUGUAGAUUUUACUAGAUACAGGCAAACAAACGCUGAUAAAGCGUAUUUGAGCCGCCUAAAAGGGAGAUUUCAUUAAUGAGAUCCUAUGUCAGGCAGAACUACCUUGGUACAUAUUGAGGAGACGUAUUACUGUCCAUCGUUUGAAUUUAAAACAGUCGAUUUUGGAGAAGAAUGUGAAACCAACCCAUUCCUUUUCGCGGAAAAGUAUCCCUUGAAGCACAGGAAAAGCAUAUGAGUCGGAUGAAAGUGUUACGCAACAGACAAUUUUUUUUUCAAUUUUUGUGCAAUUAUAAUGACUAUGCCUCUGCAACGUUAUUGGGUGUAACUUUAAUUGAUGCAGGAACUGCAUAAAAAACUAUCUGAAUCUAACAACUAUGUUGGCGGUAAAAUGAAAAAUAGGUGGGCAGCGCACGGCUACCGUCGAUGUCGCACAAACCUUCCACAAUACAUCUUACACAUUCGAGUUGAGGAUCAAUUUGAUGCGUCUGUAGUCUUAUUAUGCAUACGCCUUGUUCUCGGAGCGGUUGCUUCUAAGGUGAUAUUUACAAUCCGAUGAAGACCGGAUGACCGACCGAAAGUCAGACCGGACUGGUGAAAAAGCUAAACGCAGUUGAACACCGUUUACGUAGCCAACUACAAUAACGAGUUUAAUAUGAUAUUGUGAAACGGCAACAAAUCAUGUCCUUUCCGUUUAUACAUUAAGAACGGUUUCUGGCGAUUUCAAUAUUUUUGUCAUCAAGAAUGCUGUUUUUCGGACAAGAAAAUAUCAAUUUUACUUUUUAUUUUAUGUCCUGGACACGCUUAAACUUGCUGGACGUUUUUUUCCACUCUUGCGUCUAUUCGUUGGGGCUGUUCUGUAAACGUAUGGCAAUUUUUUAUUAAUUAUGGCAGCCCUUAGAAUAAGCACAAUCAGUCUGAAUUAGCAGAAUAAUAUGUAAACGACAGAACAAACGAUGUGGAUCUGAUACCUAUGGCGAAAUGAAAUCUUGGGCAGGCAUGAAACAGCAGACCAAGCCGGCAGCGAGUUGCACGCGUAAAACUAUACGACCGACCAACGUGUACUGCGGCUACGGGUACGUGUCUAAGCUGCCAAACCCUGUUAACUUUCAAAACCCGUAUUCGAAUCCUAAUAAGAACACAAGCAAGUGGUCUAAAGGAACGAUUUGGGGAUUUUUUGGGACAGCGGUAGGACGGCUGGAAGUUCGGACAGGAUAGGGAACACAGGGAGUUCCUUUGGCGUGGACUGAUUAACCUGGAAAUGGUCAUUGGUUGAUCUGGUAAGCGAGAACGGUGAUGCGUGUGUGGUCGUCGAAAAAGCGUUCCUAGGUCCUAGGUGUCCGGACCUCAAUUGUUCUCAGUAAUUAUGGGGCCCCCAUGGAUGCGGGUAGCUCUAGUGAAUAUACCUAAAACGCUGUUGCCCACAAUAAUAUCUAAAAAUCAGUAAAUAUGAAAGCUUUGGCGAAGGUUUGGAUGGAGCGACAUUACACACUAUAUUCCUGUAUAAUGAUUAACAUUCUAAUGUCGUCGAGAAUGAUUUCCUUUAACUCUUUACUACGAUUUUUGUCAUGUCGUUAAUGAUUGACAAUAAUAGGCAGUCUUGCCUUUAUUUGUAUUAGUGGGGCUUCAAGCUGUGUUCGUCUUGGUUUGCCUUGAAACUUUGUAGAUAGACGCAGAACACUCAUCAUUAUAUGAAACUAAGGAAUACUGACAAUUAAAUUAAAGAUUUACCCCCGUUAACUAACUAAAUUAAGCUGUUUAAAGAGUGUGUGAACAGGAAAUUGGAUUUUGUUUCCUAUAUUUGGAAGAGGAGCUACUCAGAGAUGAAUAAAACUUUUGGCAGAUCCUAAAAGGACGGUCACCAACUGAGGCCACGAUAAGACUGAGGGGAUUCGGGCCAACGGAGAGGGCUUAUCGUUCAGUGCGGAAGAGAUUAAUAAUAGGAAAUGCAGAUAUCACAACUCAGUGUAUUUAUUCUCUGUACAUGUUCGUCUAGUGUUUAUACACACUGGAACCGACAAAGAUUAGGGGUAAUCUAAAACACAGCUAACUAUAUUGCGGUCCAAUGGCAAAAUGUAACUGCAGUUUAUUCCCUAGCACGGAGCGGCAGUAUGUAUAGGCGUACCAGUGUAGUGAGGCCGAUAGGACGAUAGAAACGACGUAAGGAAUUACUAACUCCUCGAGAAAAUUAUCAACGUAUGUUAGAAACAUUCAUGUUGGUAACUGCAGUAAAAUCACAAGGGUAACGGGACAAUAUGAGGCGUGCUUGUAAGCUCCUACACGUUUUUAGUCAAAUAAUAACAACCGGUUCUCCUGGUGGAAUAAUUGAAAUAGCGACCUGCGAGAUUUUUGGUUACCUCUUUGGCAACAUUGGCUGAUAAGUUGCAUUAAAAACGGCUGUUACACCCACCAAUAACUAGAACGAAAUUGACAUAAAUAAAACGAGGCGUAACUUCAAGUGAUGACGGAAAGCGCUGGGUAGACGCACUUAAAGACGAAGACGCGAUCACUGGAACAGGAAAUGUAUUGGCCUGAGUUUUCGGCUGGAGUCACUUGGGUGUUUGCGUUGUGAGGUGGAGGCCGGUGAGAUUUGGGCGCUUCAGGCUUGGCUUUUGCGACGGCGAUGCGGUCUGCUUGGUUGAUCGUCCCACCUGGCUUUACCGUCCUUCUUCAGGUAGGACUGUCACUAACCACGUCUUCCCAGUUUGCCUGAUUGGUGUGGAGACGGUUCAGGGAAGUCUGCAGAGUUCCUGCGACUGUCAACAUUGACCGCGGAUCCCAAUUCGAGUCCUCUUUGUUUAGCGAGCUCAAUUUGCUUUCCGAUACCAAACGAAUCCGAACAACAGCAUACCCAUCUCAGGCAAAUGGUCUCGUUGAACGUUUUCAUCGACAGCUCAAGACUGCGCUAAUGGCUCAGCGGGGUCCUCCUUAAUGGUUCGAUCAUCUUCCCCUGGUGAUGCAAUCCUUCCCUUCCACUAUCAAGGCCGACAUCGGUUGCACUGCAGCUGAUCUUGUCUAUGGAACCUCCCUACGACUGCGCGACGAGUUGGUAUCUCCUGCAAACACGCUAACGUUUUUUGAAAACUUAGAGUUCUGCGGUGCGGGCGUCAUCGGCCAAUUCCUUUAUUCCACCCGAUCUGGACACGUGGAAUUUUGUCUGGGUUCGGCAUGACGCUGUCACGAGCCGCAUAAAGUCAUUAGUCGAUCCGUCAAAAAUCUUCUCAUCGAUCGCAACGACAAGACCGACACAGUCCUCAUUAAUCGCUUCUAGCCUGCCUCAAUCGAGGACAGUGACCAUUUCUCAGGCCGACAAUGUACCCUGCCGCAAACAGUUAUGUCUCCACCUACUGGCGACAGCCUGCCUCCGCUUUGCCGCGCACGAUCUGGUCGUCACGUCCAUUAGCCCGAUAGGUUACUGUUCGACAAGCAUAUCGGCGCCUUUACUUAGCUUGGUGCUUGUGGGAGCGUUGUAAUAGCCGCUCCAGUUCCUCUUCCUCCGGCUCCGUUUUGUCAGUCGAGGGCCGCUACAAUCGUCCACAAGCCGUUGACAUACGACCAAGCCCCCCGGCUGGAACUGGGGACCCUCCUGUCUAGCGGAAGUGACUCCCGGCUGCCCUCACAAACUACUAUCACCUUACGCGUGUCGGACGAUCUGGCUUGAUACCCGUGAGCCACUAUGAUUUUGCGUCCCCCUAUUCCUUUCAAUCUCAUAGCCAGUACUCAGCCAGCCAUCCCCUCCUAAUGACACAGACUUUCAUUCCCGCGUAGACUCCACGCCGCGACUGAAGCUCUCCGUUGCAAGCAAACAGUCAACUUCCAGCAAGCUGCCUUGUGUACAGAAUAAAGUAUUUCCUACAGAUCCCUGACUUCAGACAUUAGAAGAAGCACAAUUAAUGUGCGUGGUUUGAGUUAAUCUCACCUCCUUGGCCGCCACAGCUGUCUUGAACAUCGUAAGUUCUGUGUUGAAAUCGAAACUUUGACGGUUUCAGACCAGGUUCUGCUGACGGAACUGUGUAUGGUUGCCUUGGAAAUACGGCGGGCAGUUUCGUCCUUGAAUUCGGCGCUGCAUAAGAGGGUUCUGCCCAGAUAGUGGAGUUGUUUCCCAUUUACACUUUGUUUCCGUAACCGCUGAUUUGCGUUGUAUUGUGGGCCGUGUUGGGUGGCGGUUUUUGCAUGACAACUGUCCUUCCCGUGUUACUUAUCAGGACAAAUUUUGCAUACACCAGAGUUAAGAGAUCCAUGCUCCUUUGCUUGUCCCCUGUUAAGGUGGUGUUGAGGGCGCAGUCUUCGGAGAAGAGAAACUGCUGGACGGUGCAUCUGGAUGCACCCGACUGAGAGAGCAUCCGCCUGACAUUGAGGAGAUGACCGUCCGACCCAUAGGCACUACGGAUCGCGAGGCGUUCCCCACGGUGGGCGUCCAUUAG